GAAAGGUUGAAAUAAACAGUAGUCAUUCGUAAAUUGAACCAGACUAUCCCAGAACCCCUAGCGAAAGCCAAAAAAACCCUCAAGCUCGACGCCAAUGGCGAAGGUUCCAAGCAAGCACUCUCGCGAUCAAUUUCAGGACAUGCAGGGGCUCUUGAAUAACUUGCAAGAUUGGGAACUAUCAUUGAAGGGUAAAGACAAAAAGAUGAAAUCUCAGGCUCGUGGCAAAGAGACGUUGAGAGAAGAUUGGAGCCAUACUAGUGAACUUCUUACUAGUCCUCAAGUUAAUGGGACACGAGUUGGCAAAUCUACCUCGAUCAGAAGUGCAGCUGGUCCAUAUAAUUAUUCUAAAAAUUACAAUCCAAUUAGCCAUCUAUCAAGUGAACUGAUAUCGGAAGAGAGCAACAUCAAUGCCAAUUCAGAGAAAGAGCUGGGUAAUGAGUGCUUUAAGCAGAAAAAGUUCAAUGAAGCCAUUGAUUGCUAUUCUAGAAGCAUUGCACUUUCACCAACUGCAGUCUCUUAUGCCAAUAGAGCGAUGGCUUAUCUUAAAAUCAAAAGGUUUCAAGAGGCAGAGAACGACUGUACAGAGGCCUUGAAUCUGGAUGAUCGUUACAUUAAAGCUUAUUCUCGCCGUUCAACUUCUAGGAAAGAACUUGGGAAAUUGAAAGAAUCAAUUGAAGAUGCUGAAUUUGCGUUGAGGUUGGAACCACAGAACCCAGAGAUCAAGAAGCAGUAUGAAGAAGUUAAGGCUCUGUAUGAGAAGGAAAUUCUUAAAAGAGUAUCAGGAGCAACAGAUGUUUCUGCACAAAGGGCUCAAAAAUCUGGAAAGACAAUUAAAUCUGGCCCUGUAAUCCAAUCUGUAUCAAGUAGUUCUCAAAAGAUGGCUGAAGUUCGGACAAUUCCUGCCAAGGAAAACAAUAGAGAUGUUCCUGGGACUGCUAAAGUUGAAGAUACUCAUAUGCAGAUUAACAACAAAGAUUCAGAUGCUUCUCCAACCGUUCCUACCCUGAAUCCUGCUUUUGGGACUGCAAAGAAAACUCACAAGAUAAGCAAGCAAGAACUAGAGGAAUCUGUCCAAGAGCUUGCUACCCGAGCAGCUGGUCUUGCGAAGACUGAAGCUGCAAAAAAUAUUGCAGCACCAAAUUCAGCCUAUCAGUUUGAGGUUUCUUGGCGGGGACUUUCUGGUGAUCGUAAUCUGCAAACUCAAUUAUUGAAGGUCACUUCACCUGCAAUGUUACCCAGAAUAUUUAAAAAUGCAUUAUCUGCUCCGAUGCUCAUGGACAUUGUAAGAUGUGUUGCUACAUUUUUCAUUGAAGAUAUGAAUUUGGCAAUUAGAUACCUGGAAGAUCUGACAAAGGUCCCAAGGUUCGACAUGAUCAUCAUGUGCCUUUCAUCCACCGAUAAAUCUGAACUUCUCAAGAUAUGGGAAGAGAUCUUCUGUAAGGAAGCCGAGGAGCACUCUGCUAUACUUGGUGCACUCCGCGUCCCAUAUGGCCUAAAAUAAUGAUGGAGCUUUUCUGGUCCAGUUAACGGUGGAAACUGAAAUUCUUGUAUUAUUAUAAGAUUUUUGUUUUUGUACAAAGCGAACAUGCAUGUGGAUAUAGUUUGAUAUUGAAUGGGAAUUUUCUUGUUGAAAUUCUGUACCGGUAUCUUUAAGAUGUUUGAAGACUCUUGAUAGGAAAUUUUUGAUAUUUCCAUGAGUGUUGUGUUGCCGUUUUCCUUGGAUAUUCACAUCAUUUU